UUCGGAUUGCGCAAGCCAAUCAGGUCCUCUUCUUUCUUCUGGUAAUGGCCGCUUCCCGGAAGUAGGGCGGCCGGAUGGUUUCCAAGACCUCGAAGUUGGCCAAAGAAGGAAAGAAGACAGAUUCCCCCAGUCUUUUCUUCAGGGUCAUCUGAUCAGUAAUGACUGGGAACAUGGCUGCCACCAGGAAUGCUUCACAACUCUUCUUGGUAUUUUUCUUGUUGCUUUUUGGCCUGCCUGUGGUGGAAGCUUUGGAUACCGGCGAUGCAUUAGCCUUGUUGCUAGGUGUGGCUCUCAGUUGCAUUGGAUUCUGUGCCUGCCUCGGUCUAUAUGCAAGACGACGAAAUGGAGAGCAAUGACUUUAGUCCAAAAUGUCCAGGUCAAGUGCAACUGCCUUGUUGGAUGUUGUUACAGUUAAAGAAGAGUUUCAAGAUGUUCCCCAAUGCAUCAAAUCUUUAUUGCCAUGUACUGCUCAAGAAGAGAGAUCACUCCCAAGGGGAAGAUUGUGGAGAAAGCUGCCUUGAGUUCAAAAGAACAUUUUAUAUGUAAUUAAGACGUUGCCUUAAAAGAGAAUGCUAUUGGUUUUCAUUUGCAAAAGAAAAAAAACACCAAUAUAAGUUGUUAACUGAGGUGCAGUGAGAAAUGUUGAGAGGGUGAAAGAGGAAAUAUGGUUUGCAUUCAAACUGAUAUACAGAAAAUAUAUGACUAGGGAAACAUAACUAUCCUCCUAAAUUAAUUUAGGGACUCUUUUUUUCUUCUUCUGAUGAAACGUUUCUCUAUUUUUUUUCCAAAUUAAACCAAAGUAUUUUGUGGUAAGGUCAAGUUGAUGUGUACUAUCCAAUGUUUUGUUGUUUUCAUUGAGUUAAAAUUUCUGGUACAAUUAAUGUUGAAAAGUUGGGCCAUUAUCUCCUUAAACGAUUGCAGAUAUUCUAAUAUAACAGUAUGUAAUCCAGUGCCAUCAAAUGUUUAGACUGCAACUCCCAUAAUCCCUGACCAUCAGCCAUUUGAUUUAUCAGAAUUGUAAUCUAAAAUAUGUGGCGGGGAGGGGGAGAUGCCAAGUUUUCUACUUGGAGAAAUGGACACAGCUAUUCUUGCCCAUGCAGGCUUGAAUGUAUAGGAAGCCUGACUUUUUUCCUAGUAUGCUUUCUACUCAUUUAGUAGAAUGUGUAGAAACAUUCCUCAUAGAUUAAAUUUUAUGACCUCUCAGUUGUUCUACAGAAAAAUUGCUGGGAACAAUGUUUAAAUGACCAAACCUUUUCUAUACAGUAUGUAUCUCCUGACUUGUACUGUUUGCAACCUUUUUAAUAAAUUGUGAAACUCUCA